UGUCUCUCGUCCAACGACUUCGCUAUCGUUACUUUUUUUUUUUACCCCCUCGCGCUUUUACUACUGCAAAGAAGGGAAAAAAUUCUCAGCCUCCUACAUUCUUCUAGAAAGUUCAAUUCCAUGCCGGACAUGGACACCUCGCGAUAUUAUCGUCCCGUCUCACCCUCCCGCCGCUUGACCAAUCCCAUGCGUGCCUCGACGGGUACUGUGGGAGACUUGCACGGAUCCUACGACCCCUAUUAUCAUCAUUCGUCUCCUCGAACCAGUCGAGAUGCGUUUACGAACCCCAGGAGCAGCGCAGAACGGGUAGAUGACGCACACCAUGCGGUUCCUCGGAUCUACAAGGACCAAAGCCCUCCGUCAGCUCAACUCCGCGAAUAUCGCACCCGCCCUCGCCGGUCGACACUCGAGGUACCAAAUCCUCGACAUUCGUUGAAUUCUCUGCCUUCGCGGUCCCCCACACGUGCUCGACCUAUCGUCCAUGCUCCCACAACGGCACGCACGUCCAGUCCCCUGGCACGCACCUAUGACUCAGCCGACGACGAAGCAUAUUAUUUGACCCCGGCUUCGGCUGCCAGACGGCAGCACCGCCGUAUCUACAGCGUUGAUGGCCAUCACCAGGUCAAUCGCCUUGGGUCAGAUGAUGAAAGUCGAGAGCGGGUUCGUCGAGCCGCUGAAAGGGGCUAUCUACCGACAAAGCGUUAUCCGGGCGAGAGGCAACGAACGAGCCGGUACGAUGAAGGCGAUUAUUAUGGCUACUCCUAUACCGAUCCUAAGGAGCAAAUGUACCGAGAUACUGCUCCGCGGAGACGGUCCCGGCGAAGCAGCUACGAUGGUGCCGGCAGAAACGGUACCUGGAGCAUGUCUGCGCUCGAGGGGACCCUUCCGAGAACCUCGGUCACCCGUGAAGCAGGCCCUCCGCCUUCGACUCGAGGAUUUGAUAAGAUUGCUCGGUCCGAGAGUCUGAGAGGUCCUACGCGGCCAUACGCAUCAGAGCGAUCCUCUCGUGACUAUAUCGACGGCAAAGCAGCCGAGAUAUAUGACGCGCCGUCAAGCCGAACACACCGACCUGUAGCAGUGCACCAAGACCACGACCGAGCAUACCCAUACAGAGACGACGAGCCAGAUAUCCCGCGCCGAAGCCGCCCCGCCAUCGAUGACGAUGUGGAACGAAGAGGGUUCGGUAUUCGCACGGGCGGGCCUGAGCACACCUCGCCACGAAGCAGUAAUCGUGAGCUGUAUGCUCCUUAUCAUGCCGACGACGAAUACUACGGCAGAUAUGCCCGCGAUCCUCGCGACUAUGAAUAUGACCAGGAUUACGACUACGAUUACAGAGGGUACGACAGGGAUCGAGGAUCUCAUAGAUAUGAAAAGACAACUCACGGAAGCGACGAGGACUCCAAGGAUAACCAUGGCAGACACAGUCGCGAAUCAAGCGACGAAGAAGCUCGCGAGAGGCGUCGACGAAGGCGAGAACAGCAACACCGCGAGAGUGACGCCUUGGAAUAUGAAGACCGUCGCCGAGCAAGCGAGCGCGACAGCGACCGUGACCGAGAUAGGGACAGCGACCGAUCGUAUGAUUCUGGAGACCGCCAUCACCACCAUCAUCACCGCCGUCACAGAAAGCACCACGACCGGGACUCUGGCGACGACACCGAUGCCACGAGGGCCAGCAGAUCCGAGAAACCGCUUCAGAUUGUAUCUCCUCCUGAAAAGGAAAGAGAAAAAGGAAAACAGCUGGCGAUCAAAGAAGCCGCCGAGGCACCUAUCAAAGGUAUCCUCAAAGAGCCUACGCAAAAGUUUCCCGAAGAUCCAGCACCCAUUCGCGAAGGCGUCGCACCGCUCAAGGAAGCAGGCAAAAAGGGCAUACCGCCAACCGCACGAUGGACAAAAAUCGACCGUCGGCUGGUCAACCCGGAGGCACUCGAGGAAGCACAUGAACGGUUUGAAGAAAGACUCGACUAUGUCAUUGUCCUGCGCGUCUUGACCAAGGAAGAAAUUCAAGUCCUCGCAGCCAAGACGCAGCAACUCAGAGACGCCCGCUACGAGCGCGAACGCCACGACCGUCGCCGUCGUCACGACGAAGAAGACCGCACUCUGCGCGCCAUCGAAGCCGGGGAAGCUACCACUGCUCCUCCUUCUUCUCUUCCAGCCAUUGAGCCCGCUCCAAGAGACGCCCCAGGUACCGGCGCUACUGCUGCUUCUUCCGCCUCUGCAGCUCCCUCUUCAAAGCGCGUCAUUGUCGAGCAGCAGCACCCUUCUUCGUCGGCGGCUGCGACUGCCGGAUCUUCAUCAAAUGCUGCCUCUGCAAACUCAAGUCUCCCGCCGGCUUCGCUGCGCGAGAAUCCCUAUGUCCCGGGCACGUAUACGGGCUACAGACGCAACCCGCCACAGCCAACGACCAUGUCGUCCUCGUCUGGGUCACGGCAGAAUCAAUACUGACCGGUGAUACAAUUGAAUCAUAGUUAUGUCUCCGGCGCGCGCUGAUUAACUUGAUCGACUUGCUUGCAUUGAUUCAUUUCAUUGCAUUGAGUCUGACACUCUGUCCAGAUUACGUCCCCUAUUCUCGAUUAGUUUCAGUCUAAUCUUGUAUUUUUUUUUUCUCUUCUCUUUUUCCCUCCUUCUAUUCUCACUCCUCUUCGCUUUCUAUUUUCUC